AUGGUUUUAAAGUACUAUAGAAAAUAUCAAGCCAGCAAUGAGCCGAUGAAUGAAACAACCACGUCGAAAAUUUUCAUAUUUCCGCUAGUAGUCAUCAAAACAUUUCAUACAGCCACAAUCACCCAUCUCAAAAAAAAUUCUGUUGACAUUUUUCCGAUUGGGAUUAGGAGAAGUAAUAUCAAAACUCAACGCCAGAUUUUUUUCAGGUUGGAUUUGGAUGCUUGUAAAACAAAAGUUCGCAAAGCAAGAAGCAUGCUUGGACAACAAACGAAAGAUGGAAUUUUACCGGAAGUGGCCCUCGAACAGGCCGAACGAGAUUUGCGUGUAGCUCAAUCAGAGUUUGAUCGCCAGGCUGAAAUAACGAAACUUCUGCUUGAAGGAAUUAGUACAUCUCAGACGAGUCAUUUGCGCUAUUUGCAUGAAUUCGUUGGCUCCCAAGUUCGUUACUACGCAAAAUGUGCUAGCGCAAUGAAUGACUUACAACAUGAAUUGGCCAAUUGAAGCCAAAGGCCCAUUUACAAAAAGAAAACUUUAUAUAGAGCCAAAAUCGAGAUUGAACUAACUUGUAUUUAGGCCGGAUACAGUAAAAAGUCGGAACAUUUUCUUUUUGGAUUACAUGGAUUUUGACUAGGGGUUGGACACUCGGAUUAGGAAUCGUCGUUUGCUUUGGAUUUGUAAAUAAUAGUCGUAUUCGUCGGAAUAUUGGAAUUUGGUUUUUAGCGUGAUACACUUCGUGGAAUUUGGUUUUU